GUGACCAGAUCCACCCAACCCACCAGCCACCACCAGAUCCUCCCAGCCCGCCAGCCAUCACCAGAUCCACCAAACCACCUCUGUUCCACCACCUCCUACCGGUCCAACACCACCACCAGAUCCACCUAACCACCACCGAUUCGCCACCUCCUAUCACUCUAACAGCGGCAACUGGCGACAGUGGUGGCCAAUGA